UUGUCCUACCCCUUCGCAUACAAGAUGGCGGCGCCCAGAGGAGUAGAGGCCUCGCUUGGGGUUUGCUGAAGCUCGUUCCCUUUCCUGCUCGUUUUUGGGCGCCAAGCACUGCGAGCAGGAGGAGGGGGGCCGGGCGGGGACAGGGGCAUCUGCGUAGCUGGAAGGGGAGCCCUCGUCCAGUUUGCGCCGCCCCCACCCGGUCCCGGCCCCGGUCCCGGCCCUGGUGGUAGGAUCGCUUCUCACCCGUACCCGUCCUCCUCCAGGUCUGACCCAUUACCUGGCCGUGGUACGCUACACCAGGCCUCCAAGGCUAAGUUUCUUCCGCCAGCCCGGGCUCGCCUUCGCUUCAGAGAUGUUCGGCCUCUUCCCUCCCCACCAACCCGCUUUCAAAAUCAGUACUCUUGGAGCGGCGCCUGGGCCCGUUUGCCUCUACUAAGAUUCCACUUCAGUCCACUUCUUCCUUAGUUCUCGGGGCCCCCUUGGGGCUGUUCACUUUCGUUCCAGAUGAUUGCUUGACACCCUGCAAUAUUGAUAAACUUGACAGCGCCCUCGACUCUGGAGCCAGCCUUUUCCCACUAACCUCCAUACCCUUAUCAUGGAGGCUGUGUACCUGGUAGUGAACGGGGUGGGCCUGGUGCUGGAUGUGCUGACCUUGGUGCUGGAUCUCAACUUCCUGCUGGUGUCCUCCCUCCUGACGUGCGUGGCCUGGCUGCUGGCCUUCAUCUACAACCUGCCACUCACGGUACUGACUAGUCUUCUGCAAUUGGGCCGUGGCGUUCUGUUUUCACUGCUGGCCUUGGUUGAAGCUUUGAUAAGGUUCACCUUUGGAGGUUUGCAGGCCUUGUGUACCCUGCUGUAUAGCUGCUACUCUGGCCUGGAGAGCCUAAAGCUCCUGGGGCACUUGGCCUCCCAUGGAGCUCUGCGGAGCCGUGAGCUCCUGCACCGGGGUGUCCUCAAUGUGGUCUCCUGCGGCCAUGCUUUGCUGCGCCAGGCCUGUGACGUCUGUGCCAUUGCCAUGAGCCUGGUGGCCUAUGUGAUCAACAGUCUGGUCAACAUCUGCCUCAUUGGCACUCAGAACUUCUUCUCCCUGGUGCUGGCCCUGUGGGAUGUGGUGAUGGGGCCUUUGUGGAGGAUGACGGACAUCAUGGCUGCCUUCGUAGCCCACAUUUCCAGCAGUGCUGUGGCCAUGGCCAUCCUCCUUUGGACCCCCUGCCAGCUAGCACUGGAGCUGCUGACCUCAGCUGUCCGCCUCCUGGCCAGCUUCGUGCUUAUUAAUCUCACUGUCCUGGCUUUGCUGGCUUGUGUGCUGGCAGUGACCAUGACUGUGUUGCACCCGGACCUCACACUGAGGCUGGCCACCCGAGCCCUGGGUCAGCUCCAUGCCCGGCCAUCCUACCACCGGCUCCGGGAAGAUGUCAUUCGGCUGUCUCGCCUAGCACGGGGAUUGGAAACCUGGCGCCAUGUCUGGAGUCGCAGCCUACAGCUGGCAAGCUGGCCAAACCGAGGUGGGGCACCUGGGGCCCCUCAAGGUAGCCCUAGGAGGGUGUCCUCAGCCAGGAUCCCAGGACAGGGCCCCCUUCCUGAAGGAGCCCCCAUGUCAGAGGCAGAAGAGGAGGUGGUCAGGAUCAUCAGAGCAACACCUGCCCGGGGCCGGGAGAGGCUCAAUGAGGAGGAGGCCACAGCUGGGCAAGACCCAUGGAAGUUGCUAAAGGAGCAGGAGGAGCGGAAGAAGUGUGUCAUCUGCCAGGACCAGAGUAAGACCGUGCUGCUCCUGCCCUGCAGACACCUGUGCUUGUGUCAGGCCUGUACUGAAAUCCUCAUGCGCCACCCCAUCUAUCACCGUAACUGCCCGCUCUGCCGCCGGGGCAUCCUGCAGACUCUUAAUGUCUACCUCUGAGGAUGCCCUCCCUGCCCACCACCCUCCACACUCCGCAAAGGCACCUGCGCUAGGACAGCAUCAGCACCCUGCAUCCCAUCCUGCCCCCACGGCUGUCUUGCCAAGCCUCAAGCCAUUCAUCUGGGGACUUGGUUGUACAUGGGACAGUCUGGAGGACUGCACCUAGAUGGGGCAGGUUAACUUAGUUGGCUGUUCUUGGGGGGGGGGCAGUCCCUGUAAUGCUGAGGGUGAUGAGUAUGUCACUAUGCAAGGGCCCUGAUACUGUUGGCUAUGCUCUUCUCUGGCUGACUCAGGGCCCACUCAGAUGCCAGCCUCAGGGGCCAGCCCCUCUCUGCUUCCAGUAUUUGUGUUGAGGAUUUGUAGGUUCUUUCCCUGCCUCCUUCCCAUCAUGCCCACUGCCCCAGCUUUUGCAGCCAUGUCACAUCAGUGUCAUUUGUGUAUUUUGGCAAAUCAAGGGCCUUGGAAUGAUCUCAACUUGUGUUAAGCCAGAAGCCCUCGGCUCUACUAGGUUUGAGGGUAGAAUCUCUCAGGUGCCCUUCGAGCCACUUUUGCCUGUCAUGAUCUUUGGAGGCUCCUUCCUGAUCUGAUCAAAAAGCUGGGAUCAGGCAUUUACCCCGGUGGGGUGUGGGUGCAUCUUACUUGGCUUUGGGACCAUAUAUCCUGGGGCACCUGAGCUCCACAGGGAGCCUCAGGAGAGGCUCCACUCACUCCCCUUCGACUCCCCACAUCACAUGAGACAGUGACAUUCCUUGUCUCUCCCUGGCAUUGGGGAGAUACUGGCAUAUUUCACUAGGGUCCAAGUAGAGGGAACCAGGACCUAGGGGCAUGCAGCUCUGAGGGGUCUGCCCAGUUUCUCAUGAAUAAAGUUAGGUUGACAGCUCUGA